AUGCAGUUUUAAUAAUGUUAAUCUAUCUCAAGCAAAAUGGAAAGGUAUUGCAUGCGAUGAAUUACAUAGAUUGAUAGGUCAUAAAAGUGCAAUUGAUUAUAUUCAUUUUUCUCAUAAUGGGCUAAUGGUUCUAAAAAUAAUUACAUUUAUAAGUAUUUCAGAAAAUAAAGUUAACACUUUAUCAGGUCAGUCCGAUUAAGUAAACUCGAUAUUGUUUAAGAAAAAUGAUUAAACUUUAAUUUCUUAAGUAAACAUAAAUCAAUUAAAUUUUGGAAUUACAAGGAAUAAACUGUAAUUGCUAUCUGACGGAUAAACAUUAAUUUCUUGUGUUAGGGAUAGUAUGAUUUUAGUUAGGAGUAUGAGAGAAGGUAAAUAUAUAAAAUGUAUAGAAAAAAUUUCUAAUAACAAAUGCUUUUCAUAUGAUGAUAAAUUAUUAGCUUAAUAAAGUUAAAAUGAAAUAUAAUUGUGGAAUAUUUCUGUUUGGAAGAUAAUAUCAUUUAGAGGAGGCUAACCAAUAAAAAUUCAAUCUUUUGUUUUUAACCUGGAAAUUUAAUAUUAGCUUCUGUUUGUGAUGGUGAAAAAGUAAUUCGUUUAUGGAAUGCAAAAAUACAAAAAAAUACAAAAUAACUUGAUAAGCAUAAAUCAGGAGUUUAAUAUGUAGGAUUCCCCUGAUAAUAAAAUAAUAUAUUUGCAAGUAAGGAUAAAACUAUUAGAUUGUUGGAUUUAAAAGAAGGGUAACUUGAUAUAUUUAUGGUAUUAUAAAGAAGGAAGAUUAAUAACAUUGAAAGAAGAAAAUAUUAUGCAAACUACUAUAAAAGUUUUACUAUUUAACCAAAUGGAGCUAUAUUGGGAUGAAGAUCAUUUGUAGAUUAAAAAUUACAAAAUUCUGAUAAAAUUCAAUGGUAAAUUUAAUUAUAUGAUUUGAAAGAAAAAAAAGAAUUGGCUAUUCUAAGUGUAUCAUAAUCUAUGGAAAAAUUAAAGUUUUCUCCAAAUGGAUAAUUAUAAGUGUCAGUGAGUUUCGAUAGUCAAGCUUAGUUAUGGGAUAUGAAACAAUAUUCAUCUUUAGUGGUACUUGAUGAAGUAAAUGAUGUGGUUAUUAGAUUAUUACCUUGCAUGGACAUAAAUAUUUAAUUAAUUAGAUUUUAUUUUCACCUGAUGGCUGUUACUUAUCAUCUUGAAAUUUAGACCUUACUAUUAUUUUAUGGUGUGUUAAUUAUCUUAAAUAAUAUGCUAUACUAGAAGGUAAUAAAUAAUUUGUAGAGAGAAUUGCUUUUUCACCGUAGAGUUGCUUAUUAUCAUCCUUAUGCUCAAAAUCAAUAAGAGUUUGGGAUAUUAGAUCUUUAAAAUAAAUAUCACAAAUGA